AUGGGCCUCGCAAAAGUCAAACACAUCAUCCUGGUCCUCUCUGGCAAAGGAGGAGUAGGCAAAUCAUCAGUUACAACACAAUUAGCAUUGUCGCUCACAUCGGCUGGUCAUUCUGUUGGUAUUCUCGAUGUCGAUUUGACAGGUCCUUCAAUUCCGCGCAUGCUCUCAAUUGAAGAAUCCAAAGUCACGCAAGUUCCUGGAGGAUGGGCGCCCGUACUGGUUCACGAAGCCGAUGAGUCAAAAGGGCUGGGAAGUCUGCAUGCCAUGAGUUUGGGUUUUCUUCUCCCGAAAAGAGGCGACGCUGUUGUCUGGAGAGGACCGAAAAAGACGGCAAUGAUCCGACAAUUCCUCAAAGACGUACUUUGGGAUGAAACAGAUUAUCUACUCAUCGACACACCACCAGGAACAAGCGACGAACACAUUUCUCUCGCCGAGACACUUCAAAAAGAUGCGACAGUGGGACAAGUCGCGGGCGCAGUCGUGGUUACAACACCACAAGCCGUUGCCACAGCCGACGUUCGCAAGGAGCUCAACUUUUGCACAAAGACAAACAUUCGGGUUCUCGGAGUGGUGGAAAACAUGAGCGGUUACGUUUGUCCGCACUGUUCCGAAUGCACCGACAUCUUUGGGUCCGGGGGAGGAAAGUUGAUGGCCGACGAGUUCAACGUUCCAUUUCUAGGGUCUGUGCCGAUGGAUGCACAGUUUAUUGCGUUGCUGGAGGAGGGACAAAGGCCGACCUACCCGUCUGGUACGACUGUUGGAGGGAAGGAUAUUUCUACACGAGAAACGCGAGAGGGUGAGAAUUUGGUGGACAAGUACCAGGAUUGUUCACUAUUUCAUGUGUUUAAGGAUAUUACGGACAAGGUGUUGGUUAAUGUAGAAAGUUAG